UGCAGAGUGUUUCUGCCAUUUCUUUACCAUAAAAGACAUUGCAAAACCACAGACGGCAAUUCAACGAGUUGCUGACAAAAUGAUGGGGAGUUUUACCAUUGAAAUCAGCAGUUCCUCUCUGGCCCAAUUUCACAGUGAAGAUUGCUCAGCUGCACUUGGACAAGUGUCAUUACACAGAAAUUGAGCUGGUUUGGAGAAGAAAGCAUGGUGCGCAUAAUCAGGUGGUUGGAAAAGCACAAGGUCCCCCUUGACAGCUCUGUGCUUGACAUUGGGACUGGGAACGGUGUUUUACUGGUUGAAUUGGCAAAGUCUGGCUACGUGAAUCUCACAGGGAUUGAUUAUUCACCUUCUGCAAUACAGCUUUCAGAAAAAGUAAGAGAGAAAGAAGGGAUGUCUAACAUUAAAUUAAAGGUAGAAGACUUCCUGGCACCCUCAGCUGAGCUGUCAGGCUUUGACAUUUGCAUUGACAAGGGGACUUUUGAUGCCAUAAGCCUCGACCCCAGUGAUGCAGCGGGGAAGCGGAAGCUGUACGUGGGAUCCCUGGGCAGGGUGCUGAAACCAGAGGGCUUCUUCCUCAUCACCUCUUGCAACUGGACCAAGGAGGAGCUGCUGAACGAGUUCAGAGAAGGAUUUGAAAUUCUGGAGGAGCUGCCAACACCCAAGUUUUGCUUUGGAGGAAGAAUUGGAAACAGUGUAACAGCAUUGGUUUUCCAAAGGAAAAAAGGGAGGCCAUCCAUCUUGGACAAAUUAGAUUAGAUGAGAAAAGUCUGAACUUUAAACCUGACAGAAAACCUCAGACACGUGUGUAAAUAAAUGCUUUUUGAGUGCACAGUCAAAUACUAUGUAUGGAGCUCUAAGGGACUAUAAAACAUUGCCUUAGAAACAUUUCAGCUUUGCAUAAUUUGCCCAUAAAUUGUGUCCUUGCUACAACCUCACUUGUUUCAGGGAAGCUGCAAGUUUGUAAGAGAGAGGAAAAUCAGAUGUGCUAAAUACAGAGACCAAUAUAACUGAAUGGUAUUUGUGUUUGAAACAUAAAGAUUAUCUGAUAUUUAAUUUCUGUGCUGGUAAGCAGUGACCUAUAGAAGUAAAGGGAUCCUACAAAGCAAAAGUCUCAUUUCUCUGUUGUGCAGUGGAAUAGGGAACAAGCUUUUGCAGUGUAAGUGCUGGAUCUUUAAUGAACACGAGGGUAGCUGUUAGGGAGGGAAAUGAAUACAAAAUCCACAGCACUUUCAAAAAAGGACCAGUUGGUACUUUAAAUUCAGAUUUUCCAAGGUUCUCAGACUUAGCAUAAUUGUGUCUCCUCUGAAGUAGCUCAGCUCUUUUCCCACAGAGGGAGUGUUUUUAAGUCUCCCUUUCCUGAGUGUGUUCAUGCCUGGUCAGUUCUUUUCCCUGAUCUCAUGAAUACAUAAAGGUGUGAUGUUGCAGCCUCUGGUGUGUGACAUAUGUCUCCUUCAUUAUUAACCUGCUAUAUGGGAAUGUCUUUAGAGCCACAAUGACAAGAAGUUUUCCAGUGAAUUUCUCAGGAUGGAUUUUAAUUGCAUAAGUCCAAAAGAAUUCAAAGCAUAACUUCCAUUCCUUGCUCCUUCUUUUUUUUCAUAUGUAUUUUUUAAACUUCUGUGUGCAUUCCUUUUGCUCAAUUUCAUUGCCUUCAUUUCUUCUGUUUUGUAAUCUCAGAAUAUUGCUGUUGCCUGAAAGGCAGGAAAAUGAGGUUUCUUCAUGCCUCGACAAACACAUUUGCAGGUGACAAUAAACUUGUUCUUUCAAACAUCAGGGAGGCCCUCUUAGGCAAUCAGGUUUUGUUUCACAGGCAAGGUCAUGUUUGCUUAUCAGGGAAUCGCUUCUCCUACUUUCCAUGCUUCUCCUCGUUCCCAGGGCUCAGGAGAUCUUUAAGGGUCAAUAAAUACUUCCAGUCCUUUCCCAGGAUAGGAAUCAAGGCAUUAUUUUGCACAGUGGUGAGUCCUCCCUCUGUGAUCCAUCUGUUGAUGUUUCCAAGGUAGGAAUCUUAUUGCUGCACUUUUUUGCAGAAUGAAAUAUAUUCAGUUGGGAGAAUGAUUUAUCAGCAGUGCUGAAAAAAUUCAGCCCCAAAAUGAUUCUUUGCAUAUUUGGUCAGGCUUGGGUUCUAACCUGAGUGCCAAAACCAAGGGCUUGUUACCAUUUGGGUAACUGUUGUACUCCUGUGCUCUGCCCCUGCCCAGCAGCCAGCUGGAAUGCUAGGAAAUGUAACUGGGAAUCCAAACAGAGGAUUUUUUUUAGCAUAGUAGUACAAAGGAUUCAAAGUACACUACUGAUAACAGCCUCAGUAAAAAGCCUGUGACAUUUUUGGCAUCAGGUAGAGUUACUACAAGGAAAUUUUAAUUUUCAAGGACUCUGGCAGGAUGUGUUUUGGGCAUCUGUUUUAUUCCCAUCUGUAAUUUUUGCUAAUGAAGGCAUGAUGUGUAUUUAAUCAUGGGAUGAAAAUAAAAUCAGGACUGUCAUGGAUUUUCUUUUAA